AUACAUUUCUACCAAGUUUGAAGGAAAUCGAAGAGGAAAGAGCUCUCCUUCACAAUUACCGUAUUCUGCUAAAAUGAGGUUAAAUUCCACUUGGUGACUGCUCGGUGUCUGUCUUUGUUGCUCACUGAGUAUUGGACGGAGAUAGAAUGAUGCUCGUCUUGACAGUUUCAAGUUGAGAGGUUAGGAACAGGUUAAAAGGGGAUAGGAGUUUCGCCGUCACUGAUGAGUUUCAGUUAGAAUGGUGCAAUUUAAUUCUCGCUACGAAUAAUAUACGUCGAGAUGGACAUAAAACAGAAUAUUAUACUAAAGUUUAAUGCGCAAUUGCGAGCGGACUUGAAAAAUCUCGACGGAAUCUACGAUUUUCACGAGCAGCUCAAAACGGAGAAAGAUGAGAUUGAAAAGUCGUUAUCCAUGGCCUCGACCACCGCUCCUUCAAAAGUAAAAGCAGUGAUUGAAAACGUGGAGCAUGUUGGUUGUGACGUCGAACAGCUGCAGGGAAUCUCUACAGACCUUACCGCAAAAGUCGAAGAGACACUCAGCGAGAAUGACAAAAAUUUAGAGUUGCAAGAAGUUAUCGACCAGAUAGGCCAGCUGGACAAGACAUUAUCCUAUCUGCACUUUAUACAAUACAUAGAAAAUAUCAGCGAUGAGAUGGAAACAUACUUGUCAUCUGGUGACGAUGAGUCUAUGAUAACUUUAUAUACAAAUCUGACGAAUAUCAGUUGUCAGUUGCAGUCGUCAGCGUGUCAUCAUCUAGUCAGUUACACUCACGAGACGCUGCACUUUUGGCACAAUCUAAUCAAAAAGAAAUUUUCUAAGGAAUACAAUGAUUUACUGAAGAUGCUAAAAUGGCCUUUUUGUGGGGGCAAUGUUGCCUCGCUGAGCGCACCUUCACCAGAAAUAAUGACCAGAUUUAGGACACUGACGAAGUAUCUCUUUCAUCUGCAGUUACCGUAUCCUUUAACAAUUUAUUUGUUCUGUCACGCGUCACGAGAAGCACUCGGCAAGACCGUUGGAAGGAACUUGUAUUUCGCUCGAUCCCGUCAUUCGCAAUCCUUAACUCUUCUCUCGGUAUUUUCCUUCAGGGAAGAUAUGGUAAAACCAGUAGUGACGUCCGUGUUGUUAACAGAUUUUGCGCCGGUCAGCUUGCCGAUCAACUUACUGUCACGUCCUCUUCGGCAGAGGUUCAUCUACCACUUCACAGGAAGUAAAUUGACGAACCGGCAGGACAAACCCGAGUGGUUUUUUACCCAGAUAUUAACGUGGAUCAAAGAUCACGUUCAGUGGGUGCAGAAGAAUGUCCAACCCGUUGCGGACUCCAUAGACCUCGGACAUUUGGACACAAAGGCCGAAUUUAUGCGUGCCCUAGUUCAAUUGGCCGUCGAGAAACUGCACUGCGAGCUGGCCGUAGUGCAGUACGACGACACGUUGUUCGCGCAUCUCGUGGACGAGGCGUUGGGAUUCGAGAGGGAACUGCGAGAGACUCUGCUGUAUCCGCAGUCUGAACCAACCACUGUCUUUGUCCUCACGCAAGCCCAGAUAUUUCUAAAGUGGAUCAACAUGGAGAAGAAAUAUGCGACCGAGAAGAUGGACGCGGUGCUAAGCUCGAGCACAGCGUGGGAGAGGGUAGCGAGUCCCGACUUGGACGACAUGAAAGUCACCGAAUGCGCGGACGCUUUCCUCACGCUUCUCACCGCGAUCUCCGACAGGUACAAGCACCUACCUCAGCCUGGACACAGAUUACAGUUUCUCGAGUUGCAACUGGAGCUGAUCGACGACUGGAGGGUGAGAUUGUUGCAGCUGUUGCACGAGAAUUACGAGGACCCUCUGACGUCGCUGAUGCCGAAUAUUCUCAAUACGCUGCACUACGUCACAGCCGUUUUGGAGGAAUGGGGCAUGACCGUUCACUUUCUGCAGCUGCACUUCUUCAAGAAGCAAGCCGAGGCCGUCGAGAGCGCGACCGACAGAGGCAACGACGUCAGCGAGAACAUCGGGGAAAUGGAAGGCACCGUGUUCGACGAGGCGGUGGCUCUCCUGCAACGAUUGGAGAAGGAACUGAUAAACGAAAUCAGCGACUCGGUAGCUUUGGACGUGAAGGCGAAGAGCAGAGCUUACAGGACCGACAAGUGGUUCGCGAUGCAGUCUUCGAAAGAAAUUGCCUCGCUGUCGGUGACGCCAAGCGGUUGCCCCGUGUUCCAAGAACUGGCCGCACGUCUUCACGUACUGCACAACGCCCUCGCCCUGCCGCUGUUUCACCAAGCUUGGAAGAGCCUGGCCUCUCAGUUCGAUCAGUUCCUGCUGGAGGAAGUCGUGUUGGUAAAUCACUUCAAUAACGGCGGCGGCGAACAAUUACAACACGACAUUGUAAGGAAUCUGUUCCCACUGUUCGGCCUGUACGUGAACAAGCCGGAAUCGUACUUUCCUUUAAUCAAGGAAGCAUGUGUACUUUUAAAUAUUUUAAUCGGCUCGGCAAUACUACUGCGGGAAACGCUGAGUAACAACGAUAAAAGUGCAUCGGUUGAAGUCUUAUCGGACAUCGGCGUGUACAAAAUGUCCCCCGAGGUUGCUCUGAAGGUGUUAGCGACUAGAACUGACAUUAUCUGUACAUAAGAGACUCUCCCUGGGUAAAUGCCUUGUAAAAAUGAAAUUUAUUGUACAGCA